UAAAUAUCUCGAAAAAAACAGUUUACUUUUGAGAGUUGUCUUGUACAUACUCUUAUUUGUUUCUUCUGUAGUUUGAAGAUUUUACUUCUAUACAUGUAGAUAUUAUGAUAUUCCGAACUUACCUGAUGAUGACUGUGUCUGUCCUAAUGAUUUUUAUAAAAUGUUUACAUUACAUGGAUUAUUUAAACCACAAGUUAUUCCAUUAGUUUAUGGGCUGCUCAUAGGAAAGAGUACUUCUGACUAUGACCAGUUCUUUAAGCGUAUUAUGGAAGAAGAUGAUUUUAAUCCAGAUUCAAUAUUGACUGACUUCGAAACUGGUACAAUAAAAUCAAUAAAAUCAUUAUUUCCUAAUGUCGUUCACAAAGGCUGUUUGUUUCAUUUUGGUCAAUGUGUUUGGAAAAAUAUUCAACAUCAUGGAUUACAAAACAAAUAUCAGGAGGAUAAGUCGUUCCAUUUGAAUAUUAAAAAACUUAUUGCUUUAGCUUUUGUUCCUGUUUUAGAUGUUAUCAAAGCCUACGAAUCAAUAGCUGACGAUUUCGACGAUGACGCUGAUGAGUUUCUC